AUGGUUGAUCGAUUUGACUCUGACGGUUCUCUCGCAAAUCAGGCUAAGAGAAUUUUGUAUGAAAAGAACCUAGGGCAUGAUUAUGAAUCGACUACUGGGAAUCCAGAGUUCUUGAAGAGUGCAGCAGCUAUCAUGUUCGGAGAGGCAUGCGAGGCUCUCACUUCCGGUCGGGUUGCAUCUGUCCAGACCAUAUCGGGGACCGGUGCCAAUCAUCUUGCUGCCAUGUUCCUCGCCAGAUGUGACACGUCCUCUAGCCCUAAAGUAUACCUCGGGACUCCAACCUGGGGAAAUUAUGAGCCACUUUGCACAUUAGUUGGCUUGGAAGUGGUAAAAUAUCCCUACUACGACCCCAAGUCUGCUACUGUGAACUUCCCAACUUUAAUUGAACGGGUGUUGCAAGCAUCGCCAGGCAGUAUCUUUAUUUUACAGCCGUGCUGCCACAAUCCCGUCGGCAUGGAUUUGUCCCAGUCUCAGUGGGACAUGCUUGCCGAUGCGAUGAAAGAAGCACACAUCUUCCCAUGGUUCGAUAUUGCUUAUCAAGGUCUGGGCGAUUCUCUGGUAGAAGACGCUUAUGCGGUGCGCCAUUUUGUGGAAAUGGGAUUCGAAAUGGUCGUUUGUCAAUCUUUCUCUAAGAACUUUGGACUCUAUGGAGAGAGAUGCGGCACCCUUCAUGUGGUUUGUAAAUCCGACACCACUGCUGCAAAUGUCUAUGAUCAAUUGCGUUGUCUGAUCCGAUGGGAAAUAUCAUCUUCGCCGCUGUACGGAGCGCGACUUGUUACAACUAUCAUUGGCAACAACCAGCUAAAGCAAGAUUGGUCUGAUGAGUUGUCAAUCAUGCGGAACCGUCUCCGCAGAAAUCGGCUAGAGCUUCAUGAAGCCCUAAAAGGCAAUCCCGGAUCUUGGGAUGUCAUUAUCAACACCAAGGGUCUUUUUUGGUAA